GGAAAGUUCUUCGGGGCGCGCAACGAAGGGGAGCUGAACAAGCUGCUGCAGGGCACUGUGAUGGUGCGCCGCCUCAAACGCGAUGUGCUCAAGCAUCUCCCGCCUAAGCGCCGACAGCAGAUCUUUAUCCGGCUGCCCGAGAAGGACAUGCGCAAGGUUUCGGAGCUGGGCCGCGAGCUGGAGGGCAUCCGGGCGGUGGCGGAGGCCAUGAUGGGUGCAGGGGGCCACGGAGGGACCGGCAUGCGAAGCGCCUUCAUGGAGCAGCAGAGCACCAUCAUGCGGCUGUACCGCGAGACGGCUGCGCUCAAGGCGGCUGCGGUGGCGGAGUACUGUGCCGACCUGCUGGAGGCGGAUGGCGCCAAGUUCCUCCUCUUCGCGCACCACCAGGUGUUGCUGGACGCGGUGGAGGCGCAGGCCAAAUCCAGCAAGGCCCGCUACAUCCGCAUUGACGGCAAGACAUCCGCGCUGGACCGCGCGGAGCAGGUGAAGCGC